UGCAUCUGAAUGGCGAUAAGGAAACAUUUAAUUUGAACUUUAAAUAUUACAAGAAUGUCGGGUACCACAGGUAAAUAUAGCCAUGAAGUGGAGGUGUUUUAGGAUUUCCCGGAACAGGUAAAAUGGCUGCGGCCCCCAUACCAGAGCUGCCUCCGGGGAAGACAUACCACGCGUACAUAGUGUACAAGACGGACUCGCCAGAUAGCAUAGUCGCUUUUGAUAUCGUGUCCUGUCUGGAGAGCCAGUAUGGAAUGGCAUGCUGCAUCCAGGACAGGGAUUUCCUGCCUGGGUUAGCUAUUGUUGACAACAUCGAUUUAUUUCUUCAGAGAUCAUUUAAAAUUGUUAUUCUUCUGUCAGAAGCAUCACUCGCGUCUCAAUGGGUCGAACACGAAUUGAACGUGGCACUGUACCUGCAUUUGCAGAAAGACGGUGGUCUCCAACAGCAGAUUAUUCCGGUGAAACUGGAUUCUUGUCAAUUACCUCCCAAAAUUGCGUUUAUAUAUUCUAUGAAUACCGAGAAUGUACCAAAGAAAAUCUGGAUGAAAAAACUCGCAUUGGCAGUCAAAUGUACAGAAGGAUUGGAAAAUCUGUACGGACGAGGAGAAGGACUGGAAAAUCUGUACGGACGAGGAGAAGGACUGGAAAGUUUGUAUGGACGAGACGUACCUCUUGUCGACUGCAUAUAUUCUCGACAUCAAAACGGAGAAAACGGUAGUCAUGAAAUGCAAUUGUCAGAGGAAAGCCUUUGUGCUGUUGGUAAUCUUAUUUACGGCGGUACAAAAAUUGCAAAGUGUUUUCGGGUCGGCCACAGUUACGUCAUCACAACAGCGAAGGCGGCAAAUCAGAUUGGAAGUGUGGAAACACAGAGGAUUGACGGUAGUGUUGAGUUUCCUUUGAAUGCUAAUUCAACAAGAAAUAAAAAGAAAUUUCGUCUGAAAUCUUUGAAGUUCAUGGACGAGGAUCUUGAUGUUGCAAUCAUAAAAUUUGAGAAAACAAUUUUCAGAAGACCGCCAAGGAGACUUUGCUUAUCGUCAGAUUCUGAAUCAUCUGCAAAUUUUACAGACGUCUACCGAACGUGUGAGAUGGGAAGUCCAUGUAUUGUUGAUGGAAACUCAACAGUACGAGCCAUGAGUCUAGAGGCUGGGGACGGAAGAAGGGCGGUUAAGGCUGUGAAGAUGGCAGCAUUACUAGGCGCACUUGGUCGGUCAGAUUUACACGACUUUGCGAGGAAAUUGUUUGAAUGAACUUCUUAUGUAAUAAUAUUCAAAAGACAAUUUUCAUUGAAGGUGACCAACAAAAAUAGAUAAUAAUAAUAAAAAAAAAGAUUAUCAUUAAAUGUUGCGAUGAUAUAUUCUGAUUUUUAAAUACUAGUAGUUUGGUCAAACUGUUUUCAUUGUAGUUGUAAGUAUCAAUAUGUUUUACUAUAAACAUAAAUUAAAACUUAGUUGUGUCCUUUAGCUUCUGAUAUAGGGUUGAGAGGCAUAGUCCAAUACUUUAUCACAAUUCAUACAUUACAAACAUAGAGAAUUUAUAGUUAGUCAUUGCUUUGUAUUGACAUACGUGUAAUUGACCUAGCAUUGCCCUUUAUAGAACAUAAACAUACCGUGCAUUGUUUGUUAACAUUACAAAUGAUCACGUGUCCAUUCGUGAAAUUGUUUUAAUGACAAAACGAUGACACUUUUGUCCCGGACAAACAUUAUUAGAAUUGUGUGUGUUGGAAUACCAAAUUAUUAUUAGGGCCUUGAAUCGAGGAUACAGAUGUCCUAUAGUAAACGCUCUAUCCUUCUGUCUGUCUGUCCUUACAUUUUUGGCUAUUACAUUGGUAUUUAUUUACCAAAUAUAUGAAACUUAGUUAAGAUGUUUAGUUCACAAAAAUGCACACUUAGCUAAAAUGUCAAGGUCAAACGUCAAGGUAAUCGGGCUCAAAGGUCAAGAUCAAAUUUUGCAUUCCUUCACAGAUAAACAUUUUGUCAUGAUAUAAUGAAGCAAAGUUGUUCAGAAUUAAACCAAGGAGUCUACUCACCAAAGGUCAAGGUCAUCGAGUCAGAUGUCAAGGUCAAUGUUCAAGGUCAAAUUUUGUAGUUUUUCACUGAAUAUUUUGUUAUGACUUUUUAAAGUAAGGUUUGUUGGAAUUUAACGAGGAGUCAACUUGCCAAAGAUCUGGGUCAUCGGGUCAAAGUCGCAGGGUCAAAGGUGAAGCUCAAAUUUUGUAGUUCUUUACUAAAGAACAUUUUGUAGUGACACCAUGAAGAAGUAUUUGUUAGAAUUAAGCAAGGAGUCAACUUACCAAAGGUCAUGGUCAGCAGGUCAAAGUCAAGGUGAAAUUUAAUAACUUUUUAUUGAUGAAUAUUUUGUUAAGACACUAAAUAUAGUAUGUAGCAAUGUUGGUUAGAUUUUAACUAGUAGUCAACUGACCAAAGGUCAAGGUCACAUGGUCAAAGGUCAAGGUUAAAUUGGUAUCUUUCCACUGAUGAAUGUUUUGUUAUGAUGCUUUGAAGAAAUGUUGGUUCGAAUUAAAUGAGUGAACUGACUAAAGGUCAAGGUCACAGGAUCAAACGCCAAAGUCAAAUUUCAUAAAUUUUAACUGAUGAACCUUUAUUAUGACAAUAUGAAGCAAUGUUUGUUGGAAUUAAACAAGGAGUCAACUGACCAAAGCUCAAAGUCACUGGGUCAAAAGUCAAAGUCCCUGGGUCAAAGGUCAUGGACAAAAAUUGUAUAUUUUGCUGAUGAAGGCUUUUUAUGGUCCAGUAUCUAUUCACUGAGGAACAUUUUGUGAUGCCGUGAUGCUUCAAAAUUGUCCACAAUUAAACAAGGAGUCUACUGACCAAAGCUCAAGUUAACUGGGUCAAAAUUCAAGGUCAAUGGGUCAAAGGUCUGGGGAAAAUAUUGUAUAUUUUUACUGAUGAAGAUUGUUUAAAAUUCCGAUUUUUCACUGAUGAACAUUUUGUUGUGACACUAUGAAGCGAUGUUGGUUCAUUACAACAAGGAGUCAACUGACGUAAGGUCAAGGUCAAUUGGCCAAAGGUCAAGGUCCAAUUUUGUACCUUUUCACUGAUGAACAUUUUGAAAACUAGUUUGAGUUCAUUUUUGUACAGGACAACGCACUGAUCUUUAUGAUCAAGGCACAUAUAUGAUUUUUUCUUCUAGGCUGAACUUUGAAAUAGACAGAGUCUAUUCGUUAUUUUGCAUUGUGUCCAUCACGAACAUUUUUCAAAGAUAUGAUUUAAAUAUUUGCAAUCGUAUCAAUAGAUAUUGUUUAAUCGUACAUUUUAUUAUUUAUGACUAUAAACAACUGCUGUAGCAUAUAACGACAUUCAAAAAUACAUUGAAUUCUAUGGAAACAUCAUUUAAACAUGCGGUUAUGUAGCUCUUUUACGGCAUGCCCUAGAAUAGCUCAAUAAAAAAUGCCCAUAGAGCUGCUAUCCCCGUAAAAUUACGUUUUGCUGGUCGCGUGCUAUCCCCGUAAAAUUACGUUUUAGUCCCUCCAUAGUGGAAUCCCCGCCUGAAGUAAUCAAUUUUGUAAAAAAUGAUUAAAAAUUACAUAAAAACUUACAUUUGAAGUAAGUUUAGAUUCCUAUCUAAGUACGAACCAUACAAGAAAACCAAACUCGUAAUCACAAGUGAGAAAUACGGUCGUUUGUUUGAGAAACAUGGUAUUUCCCCAAAACGGCGGUAUUUUUAGCCCACAAAACGUCACCAAAAGCAGGGAUGUGUAUUCUAAUUAAUUACGUCAUAUCUCCGGGAUUUCCGCGCUGAAAAUGGCCGACACAGAUGUGCAGAUUUCCACACGUUUACACAGUAUGUUACUCGUUCAGAUGUGAUUUUCAUGCAUCGUAAACAAUUAUCAAUGUUCAUUUGUUUCAAAAUAAUAUAUAUAGAUAUUCGUAUUAUGUUUAAAGCUGCGGAAUCCCGCAGAAUAACGAUUUCUAUGAUAACUAAUUGGAUAAGCACGCAGUGAUAAUGACGUCACUGAAACUGCGGUGUCGACCCGAGGUCUGCACAGUUAGCUUGCAUUUUGCGUUGUUCCAUAAUAUCUAUCGCGUUUUGAGACUAUUAAAUGUCUGAAACUCGAA